AUUACUAGAGGAGUGUCCUGUGAGAAGUCUGUGGUGCGAUGUGACAACACUUUUAUAUACAGUCUAUGGACAACACAUAGCCUAUUAAAGCUGAAACUGAAUCAGACUGAACAGAAUGGAAUUGGCUACAGUCAAUAAAAAUGAGUUCACAACUGGUGAUGACAUCACACUAUCCGGUCACCUCUCUCCUGAAACCAGUGCUAUUACCAUGGCGAUCAGGUGGUUCAGGGGGACUGACUGUAUCUACCUGUAUGAGAACGGCCACGUAACAGUGAGGGAGGACUAUGAGGGCAGAGUGAGUCUGAACACUCAGAAACUGCAGAGAGGAGACGUGUCUCUCAGACUGAGGGAGAGCAGAGAGUCUGAUACGGGACGAUACGGAUGCCAGGUCAUCAGUGGAGGACUCAUGGUGGGGACACAUAUAGAACUGCGCUGUGAUGGAAGAAGAGGAGUGAUCUACAAUAAGCAGAGCACCACAACUGAUUCGAUCAGGUUAAAAAUGGAUGAAUCUGUGAGAGCUCUUGUCUGUCAGAGAGAGGAAUUGGAAAAACGACUGAAUAGCAAAAAGAUGGAGGACAAUGAACAUCAAGAGGGGAUGUUCAGCAAAAGAACAGACUCUGUGAAUAAAAAAAAUAACACAAACCAACUGGAAGAAAUGAUGAAAGAAUUCAAUCAAAUCAAAGAACACAUGACUAAACAAGAGAGAGAGAGAGAGAUGCUAAGACAGUAUAUGGCUAGUGAAGUGGAGAACCGUAAGCGACAGGUGCAGUACCUGGAGAAGGAACUGCAGGGCAAGAACAGCCAACUACAGGACCUGAGAACCCAACUGCAAGAACAUGAGAAGGAGCUGGAGGAGAGAAACAAACAGCUGGAGAAGAAAGACAAACAACUAGAAGAGAUCAAUGUAAAAUUGAAGGAGAUGGAUGUGAAAGUCAGAGGAAAUCACUUACUGCCCCCUGCUGUAACAGGAUGGCGCUCCGAACCAGUCUCUCUCUGUGCUGGGAUCCUUGAUCAAGGUCACAUUUGGAAAAGUUGGAGCAUGGUUGAACCUCUUAGCUUUGGAGGAGAGAGCCCUGGUCCAGCCCCCCGAGUGUCUCGAACUGCUGUGUCUGAGCUGAGGCUGGUGCUGCUGGGGGGGAGUGCAGCUGGGAAGAGGGCAGCUGGAAACACCAUCCUGGGCACACACACACUCACACACACAUCCACAGAGACCCAGCACAGUGAGAGCAGACAGGGGCAGGUGGCUGGGAGACGGGUGACCGUGGUGGACACUACAGACUGGUUCUGCAGUGGACUCUCUGAGAAGGACAUGAGACAGGAAGUGGGGCUUUGUGUCCGUCUGUCUGCUCCAGGACCUCACGCCUUCCUCCUGGUGAUUCCAGUGGAGUCGUCUGAAGAGGAGGAGAAGAGGAUUCUGGAGAAGAUGGAGGAUAUUUUUGGGGAGAGCUGUUGGGGACACACACUGAUCCUCUUCACCCAUGCUGAGGGGCUGAGAGAGAGGAGUGUGGAGGAGUUGCUCCAGACAGGGAGCCAGGAGCUCCAGCAGCUGGUAGAGAAAUGUGGGAACAGGUGUCACCUUCUCAACGUUAAGGACACACCUGAUGACACACAGAUCACACAGCUGCUAGAGAAGAUAGAAGAGAUGGUGUCAGGAAACAGAGAGAGAUUCUACAGCAGGGUGAUUUACCAGGAGGCAGAGAAACAGCUCAAAGAAAUAGAGAAACGGAUGCAGAAAGAGCAAGAGGUGGAGGAGAGGGAACUAAUAGAGGAGAGACAGAAGAGAAAGGAACUUGAUGAACGCAUCCAGUCUCUGAGAAAGAUGGAGGGAGAGAUUCAGCAGCAUAAAGUUGAAAUGAGAAAGAUUGAUCUAAGAGCAACAGAACUGGAGAGAAAGAUGACAGAUGAAAAUAAUGAGGAGAAUAAAGGAGAGGUGGAGAGAAAAUUAAAGCAUGAGAUUUCACUGAGAGAGGAGAUGGAGAUUAAACUAAACAGUUUGACAGAAAAGUGGGAGAAGGACAGGCAAGAGAUGAAGGACAGACACAAAGAGGAGAUUGAAGAGUUGAGAGAGAGAUAUGAGAGAGAGGCCAGUACUGAAGCAGAAAUAAACCUCAUGAAGAUCAUCCUAACAGCCUGGCAAAGACAUAAUCGCAUCAUCCAACUAAAGAUGGAAGCGGAAUUCAACAGACUUAAAGAGCAGAGUACUGAUGUGAUCGUGCUUUGGGAGCUCAGAGAGAGGGUUGCAACGUUGGAGAAACGGUCACAUAGAGAGGAAAAUGAGCAGAAAAGAACAAAUGAGGUAGACAUACUUUUACAAGAGCAAAAGAGAGAGAUGGAGAGAAUGAAACAGAUAUUGGAGGAAAAAGACAGAGAAAUGGAGAGAAUGAGACUCAAACCUAGGAGAGAGAGAAGUCUAACAGAGAACGAGCAACUGAAACAGAUUACUGUAAAGAUGAACAGAGAGGUGGAGAAGCUGAGGCAGGACGUCAACAAUCUGAGCCACACACAGUCUCUGCUGAGUGAAGUGUGUGAGAGCGACUGAGAAUUAGAAUCCUUAGAGUGAGAGCACCAACAUGACGAUGGACUUGCUGAGAUGAAAUCAAGCCACAAGUCCGAAGUGCACAUCACCUGGAGAUAUACUGUAUGCCUAUACAAUUGAGAUAUGAGUGAAUAUGGAAGCACAUUGUUCUCAUGACUGUUUGUUGUCAAUUGCUAAAGUGCUCUACACCCCGGAGGUCAACAACGAUCAGUCAGUAGUGGGUGCCAGAUCCGUGAGAAGUCGUAGCCGUUAUUGAGCCACAUUGUUUUCCCCACUACCUUCACCAUCUGCCUGAUAUGCUUACUGCUGGACGAUAGAGAGCCAGUUGAAUGAAAAUCAUGUCUAUGUAACCUGCGUUGUGUGGAACCACCGCGGUCCAGCCCUGCACACGCCCGGACUCGAACCCGCGAGACAGCAGCACCACGGAUCGGGAGUCGAGCGCGCUAACAAUCCAGCUAAAAGCCCAGGCUACUGCCAGCAGCGCUCUUGAAGCGUCGGGGAGUGAGGUUUACUAACGUUCUACAGCAUAGCUAACCAGCUAGCACCCGUUACACUCACCCCCCUAAACCUCACUCCCGAUCCGGGUCACGGCACCAGUGUAACGACCCUCGUUCUCAGGCGUCGGUUGUGAUGAUUAAA